AAAUUCUAAUUUUACCCAAAAUUUUUUCUUCAGUUAAUUGCCUUCCUCGUUCCCAUCAUUAUAAUCUCAUUCUUGUAUUUCUGCAUUUUUCGAGUUAUUUCAAGACACACCGAAAAGCGGCUUGCAGUUGAUAAUGGUGCUCGAGUUCGUGAUGAAAGGGUUAAAUUACGUAUUGCCCAAAUGAUGUUUACGGUUAUUGUUGUAUUUGUUUUAUGUUGGACACCUUUGUAUGGUCUUUACUGUUAUUUUUUUCUGUCAGAUGAUAAAGAUUCUUCAUUUUUUCAAUUUGCUUCUUCUGUUCUUCGGCCAAUAUUUCAGGCAAUUUUUUUAUCUAGAUUUUGUCAAACCUUACUAUAA